AUGAGUAAUCAAUAUAAUUGGGAAGUUUUUGAAUGGUUCAAAGCCUCAAGUGAUUUGUAUCAUUGGAUUCUCUUAGUUCUUAUUGAGCUAAAAGAUAGUUCAGAGCAAACUCGCUUUAUCUUUGAAGAGGGUUUAAAAGAUUUAGCAAGCGAGAUAGAAGAAAUAUAUACUAACGUGCAAGAAAGCCCUGAUGAACAUUUAAAAAUAAUUAAUGAAUGUCAUAACUGUAUAUCAACACCAAAUAAUGAAGAUUUAAGACAAUCGCUUUUAAAUAAAAUCUUACCUCAAACAAAGCUUCUUGAUGGUUGGUUACCUUAUUUACAGCAAAUAACAGACUCCCAGCGAACAGUUUUAAGAACAAUGGCACAUCAAAAUAUUCAAGCAAGAGUUGCUUAUAUCAGAGCCAUUUCAAAACCUUACUCGGCUCCAGAAGAUUCUGAGGGUUAUCACUGUACCAAAAAUCUUUAUUACAGACAAGCAAUGAAUGAAAAAAAUAUAAUCAAUAUCAAAUACAAGGAUUUAUUAGCUAAAUACAACGAAUUAUUGGCAAAUAAGAAUGCUGAAAGUUCAAGUUCCGACCAAAAAUCAAGUCACGAAGAUGAAGAAACCUUGCCGCAAAAAGUUGGCAAAUUAAAUGAGCAAUUUGAACGUGAGCUCGAGCAAAUAAAUAAACAACUUUUAGAAAAUAAGAAAUUAGAUGCUCAAAUUGUAGAAAAUAUGAAAGAAAAUAUGAAAAUAAAUGACCAGGUUUUAAAAAAUAAGGAAAUAAAUGCUCAAAUUUUAGAAAAUAUGAAAAAUUCGCUUGAUCAUGCAUAUGAACGUUACAAAGAAAACAAUCUUUGUAAACAAGAAUUAGAAAAGAUUAAAAGUGAAUUAAAAAAUGCCGAGAAAAAAGCUUUAAAUUUACAAGCUGUACUUGAGGAGGCUACUAAUAUUCGGUUGAGCAAUGAAUCUGAUAGUUAUCUUCAAUUAAAAAAAGAUAUCAUUAAAUUUAAAAAAUUAGUAGAGAAUUUUAUUAAAGUCAAAGGAAGACGCGUACAAAUCAAAGAGCAACCAGCAAACAGUUUAUUAUCAAAAUAUAAGUUUAAGAAAAAUAACGAUACUUUUAAGGAUGAUUUGAGAUUCAUCCUUCAAAGUAUAAUAAUUGAUAAAGUAUUUUCUGCGAUAGAAAAUAUAACAUACAGAAACAAAAACGGAAAUUUCAAUUAUUUGGAAACAGCAAUUAUGGAUUAUGCUAAUGAAAUAAUUGAAUGGACCACUAAACUAUCCCAAACCCGACCUGGCAAUGAUCGUGUUACCAAGAUGACCCCUAUCAAAAUUCGACAACAAAUAUAUGAAGCUCUUGCAUUGCGUGGAUUCAACAAUUCUAAUAAUAAAUUUAUUAAUUCAAUCAGAGAUGAUAUUAUGAAUGAAAUGAACAAAUAUCGUGAAAUUCUAGAUGAAGGCAGAAAGAAGGCUGUCAGUAAGCAUGCUGAUGAACUAGUCCGGUCUGGUAUUAAACUGUGGUUUUGUUUUAAUAUUCAGGAGCCUGCAGUAAAUAUUGAAUGGUAUGGACAAGGGUGUAUUGUCGAUACUAAUUUCAUGGAAGGACCAUGGGAGAUGGACGAUGCGGACAGUUAUAGAGUAGAACUUUGUUAUUUUCCUUGUAUAUUUUCAAAAGGAAAAGAACCCGAAAUUUAUUACAAAUCUCAAGUUACUAUUCAAGAAAUAUCUCACUCGUAG